GGGAGUAGUAAAAUUGGCUCUGCGACAGAAACACUCUCCGAAGUAUAGUUAACAUCCAUUAUUUUCGGUGUGUCUUCUUCUUUGCGUUUUUUCUUUACUAGAAACUUCGAAAACAGCUGUAAGUAAACUGCAAUCCUGUGAAACAAGUGCGUAGUUUUUAAGAAAAGCCCUACGCCUAUAAUGUAUAGGUGGCAGAUUUCUGUUGUUUUUCCCAAUAUGUUGCGAAGCAAAUUUCAUGUUUACAAAAUAGGAUUCUGGAUUCUCGAAAUUACUGUUACAUUGUUUACCAUUUAUUUUUUGGUAAAUAAGCUGAAAAACGUCAACUAUCACCGCCUGCAGCAGGAUCUAAAAAUUACAAUAAAGGAGCGUCCAUUUUAUUUAGGACUCACAUCACUAAAAGAAGAAAAUUUAGGUCCAAUUAAUGGAAAUGUGACAAUAAAUCGCGAGUUUUUCAAUUUUUUGUCAUUAAAUUUGCACGAAACUUCUUAUCCUGGAGCGGAGAAUUACACCCGCUAUACAGUGGCUCGAUUGGGAUUGUCUCCAUUGGUUGAUGUACAACCACUGAUUCCCGAAUUAGGCCCAGUGAUCAACGACGUCCUAUCGUUUCGAUAUCUCUUCACCGUCUCACCGUGCGUGUUCAAUGAUGGAAGUUUGAAUAAAAAAGUUUUCGUUGCUGUAAAUUCAGCUACACAUAAAUUUGGCGAGCGAGAAAUGAUCCGACAAACUUGGCUUAAACAUUUAAAAAAUGAGAUUGAAUUGGGUCCCAUCGGCAUUGCAGGUUACGGAUUCUUUUUGGGACUGACGCACGAUAGUGAGACGCAGAGAACAAUAGAAAAAGAAAGCAUGCAAUAUGGUGACAUCAUUCAGAUCGGGAUUUAUGAUUUCUACCGAAAUUUAAUGCUGAAAAAGGCUGGUUCUUUCAAUUGGUUGCAUACAAAUUGUAUUGAAGUCGAUUAUGUUCUCAUGAUCGACGACGAUGUCUACGUCAACGUGCGCAAAUUAGCUAAUUUCGUUCAAUCCUACAACCAGUCCAGAAUUCCGACUAUGUUUGGAUCGCCUCCACCACCCUCGGGUUUUGGUUACUUCGUUACUCUCCGAGAGGGUAAAUCGGAAAUCCCAUACGAGGAAUGGCCAUGGACUCACUAUCCUCCUUAUUUCAACGGACCGGCUGUGUUGAUAACUGGAAGUGCAAUCCUACCGCUGUUAGCUUGUUUUCAGACGACGCCAAUGUUACUACGAGCGAUAGACGAUGUUUAUAAUAGCGGCAUUUGUCCUGAGAAAACGGGCAUCAAGAUUCAUUUCUCCAACGAUACUUUAAAUUUCUAUAAUAAGGAACCGCCCAUUGGCUGCGAAUUGCGUCACGUCCUUGCCUGGAAUGUCUUGAAACCCGAAAACUUCAAUAAAUCCCAUUUUGAAACAAUUGACUUCUACCAGAGAACUCAUAAUACAUCAAAUGGUUUAUUGUUAACACAUUGCAAUUGAAUAAAUAAUAGCAAUGCAUAUUGAAAGCUGAGAAGCCGACUGAGAUAUGAAUAUUUUGUUGCUUCUUCCAAUUUGAAACUAAAUAUACAUAUGAAAUUAGAA